GCUGCGCCACUGCGAGCGCGGAAUCAAGGCGCUUCGCGCAGCGCCUGCUCGCUCAUCCAUCCUUCUCCGGGGCUGGGAGUCGUUUCCGCUGCCCGGAGUCACGUGCAGCUGGGGAUUAAAGCCUCCUCGGCGCCGCUGCAGCUUCGGGGAUGGAGUCUGCGGGCCGGAGUCGAGUCGGGAUCCCGCAACCGCCCGGAGUGCAGGAGCAACCAGACUCCGCAGCCGCGCAACCGCCGCGCAGCUUAGCCGGAGCCGCGCCCGACGCCGCGAUGGGAGACUCGGCGCAGGAGGAGGUGACCCGCCCAAGACUGGUUCUUGCGCGACCGUGGCGAGGGGAGGAGAGGGGAGGUCUCCGCUUGGAGGGGCUACAUCUUCCACGUUGCUCUGCUGGUCCCCCUGCAGGCCCAGCCCAAGCCUGCGCAACUCUCUCUCCCCCUUUCCCCCAUGGCUGCUUUGCUACUGCAAAUGUUUCCACGGGCCCCCACUUUUUGGAAACGAGAGAUUCCUUUGCAUCGCGCCUGCUUGCACCAAACACCAGCUGCUCUAGCAAGUGGUUAUUUUUCUUGGGGUGUCGCGUGAGUUAAGGGGAAGAGUUUGCCCACUUCUGCAGCUGUGCCUCUGGACAGCUAGUUGUGUGGCAUCUUCAGCAACUUUCCUUCAGCUCCAUGGCGUACAAAAGCUUCUCCUGCGUAAAGGGGCGUUUGGGUGGGCAGGAAGGCACGCGUGCAAACUUAAGAGGUUGGCAGAGACUGUUGCUCUGCUGGCCUGGCUGCUGCUUCUCGGCCAAUGUGCCGAGAGCCUUUAAAAAAAAAAAAAGCUGAGCGAGGCGUUUUCGUCGCAUUCCUUGGCAAAGGCGAGAUCCGUUAUACAGGCAGAGACACAGCAGCUGCUGCCUGGGGUGGAGCAAUUCAAGGGGUACCUGCGGUAUCCUGCAAGCAAAGGUGUGUCUUGCUGGGAUGACUGGUGCCUUAUCGACACCAAUCGAGAGUCAGCCCAGAAGGCAAUCUGGCCUCUGAUUUUCCCAUCACAGUCCAACUUAGGAUGGCGGUUCUGUUUCAGAGGCUGUGUACAGUACAUAUUAUGGGCUGGAAAUGCAGUUUGUUGUUGUUUGUUGUUUGUUGUUUAGUCGUUUAGUCGGGUCUGACUCUUCGUGACUCCCUGGACCAGAGCACGCCAGGCACUCCUGUCUUCCACUGCCUCCCGCAGUUUGGUCAAACUCAUGCUGGUAGCUUCGAGAACACCGUCCAACCAUCUCGUCCUCUGUCAUCCCCUUCUCCUUGUGCCCUCCAUCUUUCCCAACAUCAGGGUCUUUUCCAGGGAGCCUUCUCUUCUCCAAAGUAUUGGAGCCUCAGCUUCAGGAUCUGUCCUUCCAGUGAGCACUCAGGGCUGAUUUCCUUCAGAAUGGAUAGGUUUGAUCUUCUUGCAGUCCAUGGGACUCUCAAGAGUCUCCUCCAGCACCAUAAUUCAAAAGCAUAAAUUCUUCGGCGAUCAGCUUUCUUUAUGGUCCGGCUCUCACUUCCAAACAUCGCUACUGGAAAUGCAGUUAGGUUGUUCUUUUUCUCAAUUUGGAUCAAAACUGGGUCUUUUAAGUGGGGCGAGAAUGCAAAAGUUCAUAAGAAACAACCGGACGGAAUUGGAUUGCGGCUAACGUCGUGCAUGCACUGCUUCCCAAACCAGAGUAUGGCUGCAGAGUAAAUGGGCUUGUGCGCACAGCCUUGGUAGCUUCAUUAUAGAGAGUCAGACCAUUGGCCCAUCUGUUCAUCCAGCUCAAUAUUGUCUGCACUGGAUGGGGGGCUGCUAUCUGGGGUUUCAUAUGGGGGAACAUUCUCAGCCCUCGCUGGAGAUGUCUGGGGUUGAACAUUGGGAACUUCUACCUGCAAAACUGCCACUGAGCCACAGCCAUUCCCAACAGCUGAUGGAAAGACUUGAUUCAUAAAGGCAAUAGGUGUUCCUCUUCUCACAUUAUUUAAUGGUGAUCAAUGCAUUAGAUUUCCAACCCCGUUUUGCUUGACAUACAGUGGUACCUCGGGUUACAUACGCUUCAGGUUACAUACGCUUCAGGUUACAUACGCUUCAGGUUACAGACUCCGCUAACCCAGAAAUAGUACCUCGGGUUAAGAACCUUGCUUCAGGAUGAGAACAGAAAUCGCGCGGCGGAGGCGGGAGGCCCCAUUAGCUAAAGUGGUACCUCAGGUUAAGAACAGUUUCAGGUUAAGUACGGACCUCCGGAACGAAUUAAGUACUUAACCCGAGGUACCACUGUACUUGGGCUGUGCCCAAGUUCUGCUCGAAAGAGGAAACUCUAUGAAUUUAGAUCAACUAGAUUGGCUUCUUGGCCAUAUCCUUACUGUUAUCAAAAUGAACAUAAGAGCAUCCCUGCUGGUUCAGGCCAGGAUCCUGUCCUCUCUGUAGUCAGCCAGAUGCCCAUGGGAAACCUGAAAGCAGGAACUGAACACAGGUGCAUCUCCCUUCCUGCAGUUUCCAGCAACAGGCAUCCGUAGGAUGAAUACUCUCACACAGAAGAGGACUCUGGCAAAGCAGUUUCUCCUGUGACUUGAGGUGUCCCUCCUGAUGGAGAAAGCAAGGUUGUUUUCCACAAACCAUUGCAAGGAGAGCCUACUUGGGGCUUCCCUUACCAGGUUUCAGAGGUGCUUGUUAGAUGCACCCCAUCCUUAAUAAAAUCUUAGGUGGAAGCUGUAACUUCAGCCCAGGCAGGAUCAUGCCAGCUGGAUCAAGGGGCUGGAGCAGCUCCACUAUGGAGAAAGGCUGUAGCCCGUGCAGCUUUUUAGUUUAAAUAAAUGUCUUUAAAGUCUACCUGCUUUUUAGUUUAGAGCAGAUGCACCAGGUUGUGCCCGACGUUGUGGAGCCAUCGUGCUUGUGUGACCCAGUAUACCUGAAGGAGCGUCUCCACCCCCAUCGUUCUGCCCAGACACUGAGGUCCAGCGCCGAGGGCCUUCUGGCGGUUCCCUCACUGCGAGAAGCAAAGCUACAGGGAACCAGGCAGAGGGCCUUCUUGGUAGUGGCGCCCACCCUGUGGAACACCCUACCAUCAGAUGUCAAAGCGAUAAACAACUACCUGACAUUCAGAAGACAUCUUAAGGCAGCCCUGUUCAGGGAAGUUUUUAAUGUGUGACAUUUUAGUGUAUUUUUGGUCUCUGUGGAAGCCACCCAGAGUGGCUAGGGAAACCCAGCCAGAUAGGCGGGGUACAAAUAAUAAAUUAUUAUUAUUAUUAUUAUUAUUAUUCAAGCACACAAUGAUGUCCCUGUGUGUUGGGAAGAAGCCGAGAGGAUCGCUUUAAAGAAGGAUUAUACAAAUUCAUGGAGCAGAAGCCUCUUAGGGGCUACUUCCAUGGUAUGUGUGUGGAGGGGGGAGAUUCCCACAGUGGUGUUGCAUGUCUGAGGUGCUUAUAGGUGGUGGGUGUGGUCUAAACCACUGAGCCUCUUGGGUUUGCCAAUCGGAAGGUCGGCAGUUCGGAUUGGUGUGACAGGGUGAGCUUCCGUUUCUGUGUCCCAGCUCCUGCCAACCUAGCAGUUCGAAAGCACGGCAGUGCAAGUAGAUAAAUAGGUACCGCUGUGGCAGGAAGGUAAAAGGCAUUUCUGUGCCCUCUGGUUUCCAUCACAGUGUCCCGUUGUGCCAGAAGCGGUUUAGUCCUGCUGGCCACAUGACCUGGAAAAGCUGUCUGUGGACAGACGCUGGCUCCCUCAGCCUGAAAGCAAGAUGAACUGGACUUUGACUGCACUUUGACUGGACUUAACCGUCCGGGUCCUUUACCUUUACCUUUUACCCUUUUUUAAAGGAAGAUAGGGGACUGCCUUAUAUGGAGUCAGACCAUUGGUCCAUCUAGCUUAGAACUCUCUACACUGCCUGGCCACAAGUCUCUAUGGUUCCUGGCAGUGGUCUCUCACAGACCUUCUUGAAGAUGCUGGAGAUCAAACUUGGGGCGUUUUGCAUGCAAAACAGAUGCUCUACUAUUCAGCUAUGGCUCUACUCCAAUAAACUUUACACAAGAGGCCCCAGAAGGGUAGUGCAACUGCUGGGAUGGUCCCAGAGUCCUGCCCACUUGUCCUCUGCAAACUUCAGAGGGUGGCUGGGGCAUCUGGGUGUUGCAUGUUGCGUCAGAGGCAUGACACACCUGUAAGGAGGAUACCACCAGCUCCAACUUUAGGAGAAAGGAUGACAUUCAUUAUUCCUGCCAGAGGGGAGCACUCAUUGCAAUGACGAAUGUUGCAGUGGACCCCUGACUUUGAUAUUUGCCACACUGGAGAUCAAAAUGAGGUUUCUUUAAAGGGGGCGGGGCUUCACGGCUUGGCUUUAAAGGAGUGUUUAAAAAAAUUAUCUGUGCAAGAACGGGCAGCUUUGUAACCUAAGUAGGGACACUGUGGGAGUUGUUUUAGUUCAGCCCGCCAACAUUCGGGGUCACAUUGGGACAUACGAAAUGUCACUUUUGUUGCAACAAUGCUGAAGUCUCUAUCCGACUCGACUGUGGCUUGUCUCAGAGCAAGUAUUUUGGAGUGCUUGGCCUUCACAAUGUUGCAAGCCCAGAGCAACCUCAUUGUCUGGCUUGACAUGUAGCCAAAGCUCUUCUCUGUGGAAGUUGUGCUCAAAUUAUAAGCGUCAUUGCCAAAGGAUACGGGGAGACCAGUGAGAGGGGUGUGGAGGAAGCAGAUUGUUGUAUGGUAUUAUGGAAAGCAAAAUUGCCCAUCUUCUUUUAAGGUGUACAAUGUACUAGAUUUCUUUUAAGGUGUACAACAUACUGGAUUCCCCCUGCCCCCUUUGAUCUUAGUCAGAAGAGCCGUAAUCAAGUAAUCUGUUAUGCUUGGAACAAGCUGUUUCUUGUGAGACGACUACUACUUAAAAUUUUUAAACAGUUAACCAUUGCAUUUUAAUAGCCAAACAGUCCACUUGAACUAAACCUUUGACAGUGUUCUGAAUUGCAUAGCUCUUGCUGACAGAUGGACGUACAUUCUGCCACUCGAUGUCUUACUCUGCAGUGGUCUGCAGGCCGUGAUCCGAGUGACGUGGCAAACAAUGCCAGGCUGUGUGUGCGCACACAUUGUGGACUACUAAAAGGCUGGAGAUCUUUUCUCUUGUCCUAUAGCCCUGCAGCCAGACCCUGUGUAUACUGGCUUGCAAAUUAGUCUUUAAGCAGUGGGAGUACUGAGCAUGUUAGCAAAAUCCUUUCUAUGCACUGUUGUAUAAGGACAUACAAUUUCUAUGCGCUGUUGUAUAAGGACUUACAAUUGGCUACAUUCCAGCCAGGGAUGUGGGUGGUGCUGUGGGUUAAACCACAGAGCCUAGGACUUGCCGAUCAGAAGGUCGGCGGUUUGAAUCCCCGUGACAGGGUGAGUUCCCGUUGUUCGGUCCCAGCUCCUGCCAACAUAGCAGUUCGAAAGCACAUCCAAGUGCAAGUAUAUAAAUAGGUACCGCUCCAGUGGGAAGGUAAAUGGCGUUUCUGUGCGCUGCUCUGGUUCACCAGAAGUGCCUUAGUCAUGCUGGCCACAUGACCCGGAAGCUGUACGCAGGCUCCCUCGGCCAAUAAAGCGAGAUGAGCGCUGCAACCCCAGAGUUGUCCACGACUGGACCUAAUGGUCAGGGGUCCCUUUACCUUUACCUUACAUUCCAGCCACGUGAAAGCUAUAGGUUUCUGUUCCACAUGGAACAUGUGCAUGCAUCUCUUUGAAAAUACUCCAUGCAGGCAAGCAGGAGGCAUUAUUCCAGUUGAAGAAAACAGACAGACAUAAGUGGCUGGUCAGAGACGGGCAUGCGCAGGUGCCGUGCUAACUUCCCAGAAGGUGGGAUGCUGUUGCUUACUAGGGAAUGGUGAGUUCAGCACAGCACUAACACCAGAUCAGUUCUGCUGGUAAGAACAUAAGGAGAGUCUGCAGAAUCAGGCCAAUGGCUCAUCUAGUCACAAGAGAGCUCUCCCUGUUUUUAGCAACUGACAUUCAGGACAUGGCUGCCCCCGACAGUGGAAGCCAAGCAUAGCCACAAUGACUAGUAGCCACUUAUAACCUUUGGUUAUGGGUAGGAGAGAAUAUAUUAAUUGCAGUUUAUUCCUCCAGAUGCUCAUGCAUGUGGGAUAAACAGAGGUUCAAAAUCCCAUCCUUGGCAGCAAAAUUAAAAGCAUAGGAUUUAGGCUGUCAAACCUUGUUUUGAGCAAGUCCAUCUAUGAAGUCAUCUGGCUUUCCCCUUCUUAACCAGCUCAACAAAGAAUUGGGCAGCAGCUUGUGAAUUAAGUCUGAGUGUAGAGCCGUCAAAGUGCAGCCGUGUUGAAAAUGUAUUCCCUCUUUACAGCAGAGUCUUCUCCUGGCAGCAGCGUAUGUGUAUGAUGCCCAGUACAAUAGGAACAUCCCCUUUGAUACCUCUCCACGGGCAGUCAGGUAAGUGCAUGGUUUGGGGGCGUCAUGCUGAACACUCUGAUGCACACUGCAAAAAGUGUGUAAGGUUGCUGAAAUGUGAGAGUGCCUUGGCUUCAUUAAUUUUUCAGGCUGUGUGUGUGUGUGUUGUGUUUGAGAUUAAAUAAUAAUAAUAAUUAUUUAUUAUUUAUACCCCACCCAUCUGGCUGGGUUUCCCCAGCCACUCUGGGCGGCUUCUAACAAAAUAUUAAAAUACAAUAGUCUAUUAAACAUUAAAAGCUGCCUUCAGAUGUCUUCUAAAAGUCUGGUAGUUAUUUUUCUCUUUGACAUCUGGUGGGAGGGCGUUCCACAGGGCGGGUGCCACUACCAAGAAGGCCCUCUCCCUGGUUCCCUGUAACUUGGCUUCUCGCAGCAAGGGAACCGCCAGAAGGCCCUCGGCACUGGACCUCAGUGUCCGGGCAGAAUGAUGGGGGUGGAGAUGCUCUUUCAGGUAUACUGGACCGAGGCCGUUUAGGGCUUUGAAGGUCAGCACCAACACUUUGAAUUGUGCUUGGAAACGUAAUAUUAAACCUUGCGCAGUAGCGUAGGUAGCCAGGGGCGAGGGGUGGUCUGCACCGGAUGGGGGGGCAGCAUGGGAGUCUUAAGUGUGGCAUGGUGGCUGCUAUGCGGGGGUUGGGAUUCUGGGCGGCAGGUGAGCUUGUGGGCGGCACGUCAGUUCCUUGGCUUUUAGGGUGCUGCAGGAGGAUAGAGCCACUUCCUGUCCCAAAAUCGGCCGUUGCCCUAAAAAAGCCAGGUCAUGGUGGUACAGUGGUACCUCGGGUUACAGACGCUUCAAGUUACAGACGACGCUUCAGGUUACAGAUGACGCUUCAGGUUACAGACACUGCUAACCCAGAAAUAGUACCUCGGGUUAAGAAUUUUACCUCAGGAUGAAAACAGAAUUCGCACGCCAGCAGUGUGGCAGCAACAGGAGGUCCCAUUAGCUAAAGUGGUACCUCAGGUUAAGAACAGUUUCAGGUUAAGAACGGACCUCCAGAAUGAAUUAAGUUCUUAACCCGAGGUACCACUAUACAAGCUACGUGGAAUGAAGAUGAGGCCUGUGGUGCUGUGGUUGUCUCAAAAAGUGUAUUUUUGGGGUUCUGGCACAAAUGUGGCUAAUAUGGCAUGAUGCUGUUUUUGAGCAAGGUUGAUACUGAAGAUUCGUCUUGUUGUUGGUUUUCUCCAGAAUGAGGCUUUAUGAUUCCUCUAGCAGCCUUGUUCCCAGCACUGCUCAAGAAUUUUCAGAAACAAACAGAAGUGCAGUGUUGACAUUGGUUGGAUAAAAUUCAGUGUACUUUUGAAAGGUUAGGCCCGCCGUCCCGAUUCAAAACGGCAUUCGAUUGUAUCCAAGCAUAGAAGAAAAGUGGCUCUUUGAGCUCAGAAACCAUCAUGCAAAAUUUGGAUAUUUUAUGUGUAUCUUAUGUAUCUUAUGUGGUGUCCAACGGCAUAGCAACAGACAGAUAACUUCUUUUAUUUCUCCAAUAGAUUUUAUUAAAGUUCGAAAAAAGUUAUCAAAGGUGGAUGUUGGAUACCCAAGAAAUGAAUCUAAAUAAAAACACAAACUCAAAAGAGGAAAAGAAAAAAGGGGAAAGAAAGAAAAAGGGGGGGGGGAGAGAAAAGAAUAUAACUUCUGAUUCUUCCUCUGUCAGCUAUAUAUAGAAAAUUAUUCCCAACAUCCACUCCAGGAUAAUACCCAAUAAUUCCACUUUCUAUAAACCAAUAUUUUCUUCAAUCCUCAAAUCCAGAUAUCACAAGUUCAAUGUCUUUUUCACACAAAAAUUCUAUAAGGAAUUUCCAGUCAACAAUGAUAAUUAUUUUCCAAAAUAUAGCAGAAAAUACCCAGCAUUGCUCAGGAAUGCUGAGAAACCAAAAAAAAUACUGAGAUUUAUAAAUGGGUAGUAUAAUGUGUUGGUUUCUAGGGCUGCGCUUUACAGUUCGCCAGCAACUUUUGAUCCUUGUAUGUUUUAAAGCCCCAGCUUUCAGUGACUGCAAGUUUUAUUCAAUCAUUUCAAAUACUGUGUUUUGAUGCAGUAACCUGCUCUGGGAUCCUCGGGGAGAGGGGCUUAGAAAUAAAUGAAUAAUAACAUCUUAGAGGGAGGUCCUGGUGGUUUAGAGCAGGCUUUAAAUAUUCUCCCUGCUGUUGCCGCCACAACAACUGCGCUUGCUGGAGCUAGAGAUCAUUUUCCUACCAAGGUUCUCAGUUGCUUUUCCGACUUCUCUUCGCAGACUUUACUAUCUGUAUAACCACUGGACUAUGCAAGCAGCUACCUACUUCUUUAUAUUUGUAGACCUCGCCCUUGCGCUGUUUGAAGAGCCAGCUGUGUACCUGUUGCCUUUCUUGGUAAGCUUUCAUCAUAAUAAUAAUAAUAGAGAGCCAGUGUGGUGUAGUGGUUAAGAGCGGUAGUCUCGUAAUCUGGGGAACCGGGUUCGCGUCUCUGCUCCUCCACAUGCAGCUGCUGGGUGACCUUGGGCCAGUCACACUUCUCUGAAGUCUCUCAGCCCCACUCACCUCACAGAGUGUUUGUUGUGGGGGAGGAAGGGAAAGGAGAAUGUUAGCCGCUUUGAGACUCCUUAAAGGGAGUGAAAGGCAGGAUAUCAAAUCCAAACUCUUCUUCUUCUUCUUCUUCUAAUAAUAAUAAUAAUAAUAAUAAUAAUUUAUUAUUUAUACCCUGCCCAUCUGGCUGGGCUUCCCCAGCCACUCUGGGCGGCUUCCAAAAAAAUAUUAAAAUACUAUAAUACAUCAAACAUUAAAAGCUUCCCUAAACAGGGCUGCCUUCAGAUGUCUUCUAAAAGUCUGGUAGUUGUUGUUCUCUUUGACAUCUGGUGGGAGGGCGUUCCACAGGGCGGGUGCCACUACCGAGAAGGCCCUCUGCCUGGUUCCCUGUAACUUGGCUUCUCGCAGUGAGGGAACUGCCAGAAGGCCCUCGGCGCUGGACCUCAGUGUCCAGGUAGAACGAUGGGGGUGGAGACGCUCCUUUCAGGCAAAUUGGGAUGGCUAAUAAUUCCAUCCUGAUGUUGGAGGCUCAAUAAAGUGUGUGUGUGUGUGUGUGUGUGUAAGUGUGUGUGUGCCUUAAUCUAGAAUGAUUAACUUUGGCACAAUUCUGCAUAUAAGAAACUUUUCUCUCUCUCUCUCUCUCUUUAAUAAUAAUAAUAAAUUUUAUUUAUACCCUGACCUCCCCGGCCAGAGCUGGGCUCAGGGCGGCUAACACCAGUAUAAUUACAGUAAAAACGUAAUGGGGGGGGACCAAUUUAAAAUGCAAUUUAAAAUGCAGCCUCAUUUUAAAAGUAGCCCAUAGAUCAAAACCAUAAGGGGAGGGAAACAUAAGGGUCAGACUGAGUCCAAACCAAAGGCCAGGCGGAACAGCUCUGUCUUGCAGGCCCUGUGGAAAGAUGUCAAGUCCCGUAGGGCCCUAGUCUCUUGUGACAGAGCGUUCCACCAAGUCGGGGCCAGUACUGAAAAGGCCCUGCAUUAAGAAAUACUUUUUUAUGUGUCCCGAAUCUUCUGACAUUUCAGCUUUACUGAUUGGGCUGGGGAAGCCCAGCCAGUGUUAUGAGAGAGGAAGGAGAACUUUCCCCACUUUUUCCAUUCCACGCCCAAUUUUAUAAACGUCUUAUCAUGUCACCUCUCACUCCCCUUUUCUCCACUAGGGUUUCCCAAACUUGGGUCUCCAGUGGUUUUUUGGACUACAACUCCCAUCAUCCCUAGCUAGCAAGAGUAGUGGACAGGGAUGAUGGGAGUCGUAGUCCUAAAACAGCUGGAGACCCAAGUUUGGGAAACCCUGCUCCAAACUAAAAAGUCCCAAAGGCCACCACCUUUCUUCCUAAAGGAGUUGCUCCACCCCCUUGGAUCAUUUGGGUGGCUCUUUUCAAAACCCUUUCCCCACUGUCCUAGGCAAGCCUUCUACCAUUUAAUCCCUCCUGUCUGGAAACCGUCUGCAAAAUAUGCAGGGCAAAAUAUCCAGACUUCUGCACUGGGUUAAUUAAUUCUCAAAAUACUUCAUCAUGCUUGUGAACUUUAAUAGCUUCCCACCUAAUUAAAAUGUCCUGCUUUUGCAUCGAAGUCUGCAUAUACAGUGGUACCUCGGGUUACAUACGCUUCAGGUUACAGACGCUUCAGGUUACAGACUCCGCUAACCCACAAAUAUUACCUCAGGUUAAGAACUUUGCUUCAGGAUGAGAACAGAAAUCGUGCAGCGACGGCGCAGCAGCAGCAGCGGGAGGCCCCAUUAGCUAAAGUGGUGCUUCAGGUUAAGAACAGUUUCAGGUUAAGAACAGACCUCCAGAACCAAUUAAGUUCUUAACCUGAGGUACCACUGUAUUGUGUUACCCACGGAAGCUUAUAAAAGGCCAACAGUGUGGAAAAAAUGCAGCACUCGAUCUGCAUAAUUCCAUAUUAGUUUGUAUUAACGUGAUCUAUUUUAGGAAAGUAUCUUGCUCAAGUUUUAUUUAAGGAACAAGGUGACAAAAUCUUGCCAAAUGGGAAUUGUGUUAAUUCUGUCCUCUGACCUGCUUCCAUAUGUACAGCCUCUGUUCUCCCUGAGAAUGGCAUGUUGCUAUUUUUUCACUCUCUGCCCUAAAAAAAUAAAUAAAUCUCAAAGCAAAUUACCAAAUUAAAAAACCCCUAAAACACACUAUCUAUCUAUCUAUCUAUCUAUCAAUAAACUGCACACACACACGGAAAACAGAUCCAGCUCCACCCCACUAAAAGUUAAGCAGAUGAAUAGGAUCCAAAGACCUGGGUGAAAAAAAGAAAAAGAAAAUAUUAUUAUGAUUAUUCCAAACAUGCAUUCAGUUUAUUAGCUGCUGUUUUCCUGCCGCAGCAGGAACCAACAUGGUUCAUUGAUUUGGGUAAAGGGGAUAUGUGUUGGCAUUUACCAUCCAAAAUGUUGGCUGUAAUUCCUUUUUUGCCUGUUGACAUAUAUGGGUUUUUAUAAAGAAUUACCGUAUUUUUUGCCCUAUAGGACGCCCUUUUUCCCCUCCUAAAAUGAAGGGGAAAUGUGUGUGCGUCCUAUGGGGCGAAUGCAGGCUUUCGCUGAAGCCUGGAGAGCGAGAGGGGUCGGUGCGCACCAACCCCUCUCACUCUCCAGGCUUCAGGAAGCUCUCCGCAAGCCUUGGGAGCCCGCUGGAGUUCCCGUCGGGCUCCCUAGGCUUGCGGAUAGCAGCCUGCAUCUCGAAGCCUGGGGCGCGCUGCACAGCGCACCCCGGGCUUCGGUUCCCCAAGCUGGUUUGGAGGCUCGCGGUGGGAAGAAGCGUGUUUCUCCCUGCCGCCAGCCCCACAAGCUUGGGGGACAGUGGGGAGGCGGAGCGCCGCCAUCCCACUGUUCCCCAACCUGGUUUGGGUUUCAGGCAGAUAUCCGCAAGCCGUGGGAGCCCGUCUCCCGUCUCCCAAGGCUUGCUGAGAGCUGCCUGUUCUGGAGGCUGGGGUCGGGGGAAGCUCGGGCAUCCCUGGCCCCAGCCCCGUGCCUGGGGGAGGGGAUUUUUUUUCUUUAUUUCCCCCCCCCCCCAACUAGGUGCGUCCUAUGGGCCGGUGCGCCCUAUGGGGCGAAAAAUACGGUAGCUAGACGUGUCCUACUGCAACUGCCAGUGGUUAGCAAUAGCAGUAAAAGGAACCUGCAUGCUUUUGACAGUGGGCUUGUGGAGACAACCACUGGGCUGAUCCCCAUCGUUUCCUGUUUGCCACUUUCCCAAGGGGAAACUGUUGAGUCAAACCUCACUCAGACCCAGCAUGUCUGUUCCAACCUAGUUGUUUUGUUUGUUAAAAGCCCAUCUCCUUUUAAGCUGCUGAUUUUUCCAUUCCAACAGGUUACCUCGCUGACCGAAGUCUUAUGCCUUCUGGUUUUCUUCGGAAGGCUCUUCCAUUUUGCGCAAGUCACUCCUCGCGACGUGUUCUGGAAGGAUACAAAGAACAUCUGCAUCAUGAUAACCAUCCUGGUCAGUUGUAGCUCAUGGCUCCUUCUGCGAGUCAUGGAAGGAGCAGUAGCUUAGCGGACUGUUCUUCUGAAUGGCACCGCCUUCCGCUGCUCCUGAGGUAGCAAUGCCAUGCUCAGUCUAGCCUGCAGUGUCGCUAGAUGUUGUUAAACUCACGCUAUUCUGCUUGUACAAUUUCAUACUCCUCCAGAGUAUUGCGUAGCCAUGAUGCCUGCACCAAAACCACAUUUCAGUGCAGAAACUUGGGUCCAGGGUACCUUAAGAAUCUCCUGGACCUUCAUAUUCCAGCUGAGAGCAUCUGAAGGAGCAUCUGUGGUCAUUCCCUGAGUUAGUGAGGCUCGUUUGACAACAACGAGAAAGUGAGCUUCUAGUGUCAUUGGCCCAGUCCUGUGGAACUCCCUGCCAAUAGAGAUUCAGCAGGCGCCAUCUGUGCCGACUUUUAAAUGGCUGCUGAAAACUUUCCUAUUCCACCAGGCAAUUAAAAAUACAUCACCCACAAUGGUCAAAUGAUGUUCUGUUUUUAAUUUAUUUUGCUUUUACCUUUAUUUUAUUGUCCAUCGCUGUAAACAUCUGCAAUAUGUUUUUAUGAUACAGCGGUGUAUGUAAAUAUUUUUAAUAAACACAGUCUGUGGGAAUGUUCUGGGGUGCAGGAGAGGAUAUAUUGACUAAUUAUAUCCUUAUCCAACUUGUGCUAACAAGUUCCCAAAAUAUCAGCAGAGUUUAUAGACAUUCCCCUUUAAGUUCGCAACGGUAACGUGUGCACAGGUUCGCUAGAACCUCUAUAAUAAUUACUCUGGUAAUUUCCCUUUGUUCCCUCUUAAAAUACAAGACACAACACAGUCUUUAUAAAAGUAUAAAAGAGUUUACUCACGUUCUGUUCACAAUAUAAUCCCAGAAGGCAGACAGCUUAAAAAGGUUACAUACAUUCAGAAUCUAUCUUGUAGCAAGAUAGUCCUUAUCUCCUCUCUUGGCUGGGAGCCAAGAGGGCAUCCUUAGAUGUUUCCUCAUCGAAGAAAAAUGGCAGAGAGAGAGAGAGAUGGCUGCCUGCCCUGUGCUUUUGUCAUUACCUGCACAGGUGAGGCCACACCCACCUCUGGUCACAUGCGGAGGAAGUCCAUCCCCAGGAAGUUUACCUGCUUGCUGGACAGACAUCGCUCCCCAUGUUCUAACAUGUACACUCUAGGAAUGUUGUCAUUGACUGCUCCUGUGUUUACAUCCCACACAGUCGUACCUUGGAAGUCAAAUGGAAUUUGUUCCAGAAGUCUCUUCGACUUCCAAAAUGUUGGAAAACCAAAGUGCGGCUUCUGAUUGGCUGUAGGAAGCUCCUGCAGCCAAUGGGAAGCCGCGGAAGCCCUGUCGGACAUUUGGGUUCCAAAAGAACGUUCGAAAACCGGAACAGUCACUUCCAGAUUCCGAUCAUUUGGGAGCCAAAACGUUCAAGAACUAGGCUGUUCGAAAACCAAGGUACAACUGUAAAUAAAUAAACCUAGCAUCUUUUGUUCUGUAUAAGUGGAGCCAAUCCACAUCUCCUCUGGCUGUUCAUUUGUAGCAGACAGAAGUAAGAAUUGGCUUCUAGAGCCCUUCAUUCCUCCCACGGGCUCCUCUAAUUACAAUCUUGUUUGAUUGGAUUGGACCACUGCUCCUUGAAUUUCAGAGGUUCCUUCUCUCCUCACUUCUCCCCUUACCCAGAUGACUUUGGUUGACCUGAUUGUCUUCGGAGCUCUUAGAAUCUCAAGCAUACGUGGCGUCCGGUGGUCAAGGCCCUUGAGACCCAUCUUCUUAAUAAACUUUGCAGAAAGUCGCCAGGUAAGACUUUGGGGCCAGUGUUUCCAUCGCCAGCAGUUCUAACCCAAAGAGAUCCCCUAGUUAAAUUAGCCAGCAACUCUAAACUGUAUGGUGUGCAUAUAUACUGAAGAGAAGGGGCCUUGCUUCAAUUUUGUCUCGUCUGCCUGCUCCAGAGAUCCAGCUGUAGAGUGCUUUCUGUUCUGAAAUCAUCUUCUGCUUUUUCUUUUCUCUAUGCAAACAGGCAGGCUUAAGCCUGGCCUAGCUUUGGGGAAGCGGAAACACGAGGUAAGGCAUGGCUGGGUCCCUGAAAAUUGGGGAAUGGGGGUGGGGGUCCAAUGCCGCUUCAAAUUAUUGCAAUUCCAGGAAGGUGGUGGAUUCUGAACCUCAUCCUGAGUCGCUUCUGAUGGCAGCACCGGGGUGGAAAUAACAGUUCUGCUUUAAUUACAUUUUUUGCAUCUCCUUUGCUUAGGAUUUGAAUCAAUAAUUUGUAGCUGAGAUACCUCAGCUGAGAUACCAGGGAACAGGAAGGCACUGUUUGGAAAAGCUCUGCUUUCAGAGCAAAUUCCUACUGUUUCAGUUUAAUGCAAAAGUGGGAGCUGAAGAAAUUGGCAAUGCUAAUCGUUGGCUGUUAUAAGCCAAGUCUAAGGUAAAGGGUCCCCUGACCAUUAGGUCUAGUUGUGGCCGACUCUGGGGUUGCGGCGCUCAUCUCACUUUAUUGGCCGAGGGAGCUGGCGUACAGCUUCCGGGUCAUGUGGCCAGCAUGGCUAAGCCGCUUCUGGUGAACCAGAGCAGCACACGGAAACACCGUUUACCUUCCCGCUGGAGGGGUACCUAUUUAUCUACUUGCACUUUGAUGUGCUUUUGAACUGCUAGGUUGGCAGGAGCAGGGACCGAGCAACGGGAGCUCACCCCGUCGUGGGGAUUCGAACCGCAGACCUUCUGAUCGGCAAGUCCUUGACUCUGUGGUUUAACCCACAGCGCCACCCGCAUCCCUAAGCCAAGUCUAGUGCACUGAAAUUGGUUGAAGCAUGUACCGUUGUGGCUUCUUGCAAAAAAUGAAAUGCAAUUCUACUGAGGUUUUCAGCACUCCUGCAGUAUGCAGAGCUCCUGGGUGGAAGUGAUUGGUUUGAGUUAUGUGCCAUAUAUGCACGAAGGGCUCACAUGUGUUCUCACUACCAGACUCCAGUUUGGGCCCUCUCUGGUCAGGGAUGACAAUGUUAACAGAGUCCAGGUACCUCUGGGUCCUUCAGCCUGAUUCAUACCUGAAUCCUGUGAUUGAUUGGUAUGUGAUAAACAAGGCAGGUCCAUUGCCACAUGAAGGCAGCAUUGCCUCAACUUUGGGUUUUGUGCUGUUUAGAUGGAGAGCUGUUUGGUUUGAAAGCCUGGUUCACGCUCAGCCCAAACCAUCACAGAAUCACAGCAGAGAACCGGCAACAGGAGUUAGUAAUCCAACUGGGUACUUAAAGGAUAAGCGGUCUGGGAGUGGCACAAAAACUCUCAGGGGAUGCAUACAGCCAUCUCUGCUUAAGACAAUGGGAGCUGGGAGUCCCAGCAUCCAUAAGCCGUGAUGACUUGGGCUAACGAGAGUCAGGAGUCCAACAACUGAGGCAGCCCAGGCUAGAGAAAGAGGAUGUGAUGUGCUGUUUACAUAUCACACCUGUUGUGCUAUACUUGAAGCAAAUGGCAGGUGGCCUCUAUGCAUCCCACAAUGAUCCCGGGUCCAUGUUUAGGGAAGUUUUUAAUGUUUAAUAGACCACUGUAUUUUAAUACUUUGUUGGAAGCUGCCCAGAGUGAUUGGGGAGACCCAGCCAGAUUGGGGGGGGGGUAUAAAUAAUAUAUUAUUAUUAUUAUUAUUAUUAUUAUUAUUAUUUGGACGAGUUGGGGGGGGCGGGGAUAUGUCCCUUGUAGCCUGCAGUGCCUUACCUGCAUGUACCACAGAGAUUCAGUUUGUGCUGGAGGAGGCAUAUGUUCACGUUGUCUAAACAAGCAUGCCUAAAACUGGGUCUUGACCAGCUGUAUGGUGCUCUGAUGUUUGUUGUCUUUGUGAUAAAUGGCUCUUUUGAACACCGAGGAGAGCAUUCAUCUGAUAAACUUUGGAGCUUUGGAACCAGGGGAGGGGUGCCUGGCUCUUGCACCCAGACAAAUAAUAGGGCAUUCAGGUCUUCUUACUGGUGGGUCCAUCUCUAUAGGUGGAAGCUGGGUGAGGAAAGAAUAUCAACAUUGCUGCUUCUCCUCCUAAUGAAAGCCUCCUGCUUCUUGACAGAUCCGAAGAGCAUUCCGUAGCAUCCGGAACACUCUCCCGGAGAUCACCUACGUCUUCCUGCUGUUUAUGUUCAGUGUCCUGAUGUUUUCUCUCAUGGCUUUGAAGCUGUUUGGGGACAGGUAAGGGGACCGUCCUCCUCCCUCUCUUACUCUGAACCCAGAGGCUGCCUCACCUGCAAGGGAAUGUCAGGAAAUAUCUCCUCCACCACCAAGAAUCUCCUCUACCGGCCCUGAGAAUAUUCAGCAAAAUGGUACCCUCAGUUUUGCUGCCUGGAAGUUAAGGUGGUUUGGUGUUUUGUAGGAAGGUGUAUUUUGGCUAGCUUCCUUUGCUCCACGGUCAAAGCAACUACUCUAUUCCGAACUUAAAAAUGGAAAGCGUAAUGCUGGUGGUCAACAAAAGAGGUUUUAAGACUGUCUCAAGGCAAAUCUAAAAAAAUGUAGUAUAAACACCGACAACUGGGAAACAGUGGCCUACGAGCGCUCCAGUUGGAGAACAGCCUUUACCAAAGGUGUCAUGGGCUUUGAAGACACUCGAACCCAGGAUGCAAGGGAGAAACGUGCUAAGAGGAAGGCAUGCUUGGCAAAUCCACACCGUGAUCAACUCCCGGCCAGAAACCUAUGUCCCCACUGUGGAAGGACGUGUGGAUCCAGAAUUGGCCUCCACAGUCACUUAUGGACUCACUGUUAAAAGUGUGUUUAUGGAAGACAAUCUUACUCAGCUACAAGUGAUUGCCAAAGAAGAAGAAGAUAUCUCGUAUGGCACACCAGUGGAAAAAGAGCCAAAAAUGGAUCUGAAAAACCACCCUUGAGCCAUGUUAUUUAGCUUACAGCCUCUUGAGCACAUUGCUUGAAAUUCACGUUGGCAUCUUCUGUGACUCUGUUUCCCUCUCCUCUUUUCUUCAAGGAAUCUGAAGACUGUGGAAGGCUUGCCGUAUUUUUCAAAUUACCUUGAAAUCGUCUUUGACAUGUAUGUGCUGGUCACCACAGCAAAUAGCCCCGAUGUCAUGUAAGUAUCUGCCUUGAUCUCCACAUGCUUUUAAUUUUUCUUGUUGAGCUGUAGUAAUGGGAUGUUUUCCUAGUGUAAGAGGGACGUCAGCACCACCUUGGUGACGUAACAAUCUACCGUACUUUUCUGUCUAUAAGAUGCCCCCAUGCAUAAGACGCCCUCUAUUUUGGAGGGCUCAAAUUUAAGAAAAUGGGGGGAGAUGGUACAGAGUUGUGGAGUUUUUUUUGUGGAGGAUUGCCCAGAGUUGUGGAGCUUGCAGGGCAGGGUAUGCUCACGAUUGUUGAGCAAAGUUUUUUUGGGGUGGGCGGAGAUGCCAAACCGAAUAUCACUCACCCAACUGGCAAACGCUAACAAUCGCAAGCAAGGAAGCCAAAUUGCUGAAGCAGCAGCCAAUCCAAAGCAGCCCUUUACACAUCCACAAAUAACUCGCCCACCUGACAAAGCAGCAGCCAAUCCAAAGCAGCCCUUGCCGCAUCCGCUAAUAACCCACCCAUUUGACAAAGCAGCAGCCAAUCCAAAGCAACCCUUGCAGCAGACACCAUUCACCCACUCAAUCACUAGAUCCUGCUCGCGGAUGCAACCAAUCGCCCAUCCCCCCUUCUGCUCUACCCAUGUAUAAGACGAUCCCCUCCCCCAUUUUUACUUUAUUUUGGAGUAAAAAACCCUCGUCUAAUACACGGAAGAGUACGGUAUUUUUCAGAAAGGCACAAUCCACUGUUCAAUGGCCGAUGGGUGAGCCCAGGACAGCUUACAAAGUUUGUUAGUUUAUAUAAAUCCAAAUAUCGCAAAACUGCUAAAUAUUAUCUACACAGCAGACGAGUAUAGAAUCGGUUAGUUCCGAGGCUUUUCUUACUUUCUCGGUGGUGAUGCUACUCCUAUCUUGUAGGAUGCCGGCUUAUGACUUCAGCUGGUGGUACUGCCUGUUUUUCAUAGUCUAUGUUAUUAUCAACACCUACAUCUUCAUGUCAGUCUUCCUGGCUGUUGUGUACAACAAUUACAGAAAACACUUAAAGGUAAGCCCCGCUGAGGAAGGGAUAAGAGAUAAGUUGCAAUUUUAGCUGAAUCUGGGGGAAACCGCUUGAAGCAUAUCUGUUGUGUUGAGCUAUUUCAACAGCUUCUCUUCAGUUUUCUCAUUGCAAACAGCUGAAAGUCUGUAAAUCUUGAUAAUAAACCCAAUUUGCAAUGGGGGUUGAGUAGGACUGGGGGAAAGACCCCUAUGCCUGACACCCCGGAGAGCUGCUGCCGGUCAGGGCAGACAGUACUAAGCCGGGUGUUCCUCUUAAGUGUGUGUGUGUGUGUAUAUAUAUAUAUAUAUAUAUAUAUAUAUAUUCCCACAGGGACGCGGGUGGCACUGUGGGUUAAACCACAGAGCCUAGGACUUGCCAAUCAGAAGGUUGGCGGUUUGAAUCCCCGUGACGGGAUGAGCUCCCGUUGCUCGGUCCCUGCUCCUUCCCACCUAGCAGUUCGAAAGUACGUCAAAGCGCAAGUAGAUAAAUAGGUACCGCUCCGGUAGGAAGGUAAACGGCGUUUCUGUGCGCUGCUCUGGUUCGCCAGAAGCAGCUUAGUCAUGCUGGCCAAGCUGUACGCCGGCUCCCUCGCCAAUAAAGCGAGAUGAGUACCGCAACCCCAGAGUCGGCCACGACGGGACCUAAUGGUCAGGGGUCCCAUUACCCUUUACCUUUAUAUUUUCCCACAGAAUGAGAUCCGCAAACUUGCUUACAUGAAACGCCGCAAGAUGAUAGAAGCCUUCAACCUCCUGAAGGUGAAGGAGGAAGCAGAGUUUGUCGUCAAAGAAGACCGCUGGAAGCGGCUUGUGAAACUGGUGGCUCCCGACAUCAGCACAUCCCACCGAGAGCUCUUGCUGCGAAUAUGUGACGAAGAGCAGAAGGGCUUUGUGGGUGGGUAACAGCAGACUCAAGCAGUGUGGCUGGGAGAUGAGCUUGCCAGGGCAGAUGAGAGGGAGGGAAGGACAGGCGAAGGGGGUGGACUUUGGCAAUAUGGCACCCUGAGCAAGGACAAAAUUUGGCGUCUCCUCCAACAGUAUUCCUUAUUUUCAUGCCCUCCUCCCUCUUAACUUCCAUUCUGCGCAUGCUUUCAAGUGCACUAUGCCCUAGUUGCAGCAGCUCAAUCGCCCAUCUGACCAGGGCCUAACUUUGAGUAGGUGUCAGGAGCUCGGCCUACACUCGAGUUGGACCCUGGCAGAGACACAUGCCCGACUGGCAUGUUCUCUCCCUCCUGGUCUUUUGUUCGGGAGCUUUUGGAAUAAUUAAUUUUCAGAGUAGUUUUUACAGUUAUAUCAAAAAUUACUGAUUUGGUUAUACUAUUAGAAAUACACUGACAUAUAAUUAUGAAAUUAUUGUGAGGUUUAAUAAGUUAACAGUUUAUAUUUGGACAACUUAUCUGCUGUACUUUGUUGGAAGGAGAAAAACAAUCAUUUCCUUAAUAACAAUUUAAACAAUUUAUUUAACUAAAACAAUAACAUUAUAGCAUAUGUAUGCAUGUUUGUUAACUGAUGUGGUUAAACGAUUUUUUAAAAUUAACAACAACAACCUUAGACUGAGUUUUAGCACACAUGAAUAACUUAAAACAAAUCCUUAUUUCCUGAUGAAUAGCCUUUGGACAAUAAUGUAACUUAAAUAGAAAACUACCUUUAGAAAGAUUUUUCCUCCAUAAGUGUUUUAUUUUAAAUUUUAAAAAUCCAAUUUAAUUUUUAAAAAAUCAAUUUUUUUAAAUUUAUUUUUUAAAUAAUUGAUUUUUAUCCACCCUGAUAUUCAGUUAAUCUUCAGCUGCCUUUACUUUUCUCUUAUGCACAUCUGGCGAGAAGACCUGGCCAGAUCCAGAUUGCUGCUCUUCUCCUGUAGGUUUAUGUGUGGGGCUUGUCUGAAUUGCUGAGUAUUAGCCUAAGCAGCUUCUAAAUGAGUCCCUCCCAGCCUUACUGGCAUUAUUUUCUCUUUAUGGCAGACAAAAAAUCCUUUGUGCGUCUGGCUGAUCUUUUGAAUAUACAAGUGAUCACCAUGAAGCUCCACAGCCACCCCCUGGAAGUCUGGAUUCACCAAGUGUACAACUCUGCUCCUAGCCUCCUCCUACGCAAGAUGGUUCAGCACAAGUAAGUCUGAAUCGCUUGCCUUUCCAACAAAGGGCUUCAGGUGCUUACAGUAUUUUAAUAUUUUGUUGGAAGCCGCCCGGAGUGGCUGGGGAGGCCCAGCCAGAUGGGCGGGGUAGAAAUAAUAAUAAUAAUAAUAAUAAUAAUAAUAAUAAUAAUAAUUAUUAUUAUUAUUAUUAUUAUUCAGGUGACCCUGAGCAAAUGCUCUCACCUGCCCACGGGGCCAUUUUGGAUGGUACAUGUGGCUGGACUGUAGUAGUAUGGGUUUUGGGGAUAAAUUUAUUCGAAACGAACAAGUUUGGUUGGUAAUUAACCCAGCGAACAUCUCCCACAGGGUAUUUGUUUGGAUGUAUGAUGUCAUCAUACUCAUCAACGCCGUCUUCAUUGCAUUGGAUGAGGAGAACCCCCUCAUUUCCUACGCAGAGUGGGUGUUCCUCAGUCUUUAUAUCGUUGAGAUUCUUCUGAAAUUGUACACCUAUGAACCCAGAACCUUUUUUGCAAGGAACCAGUUCUGGAACUGGUAAGUAAAUUCUUUUAUUUUUCUCCCUCCGCGUUAUGAUGAAGGUAGUAGUUUCUCGUUCUCCUAUAUUGACUGGCUCUCCAAGAUUUCCAGACAUUUCCAGCAUUACUUGGAGAGGCCAGGGAUGGAACUUGUGACCUUCUGAUUUCCAGCAGCCAAACUACAGUUCACAUGAUUCUUUGAGGGAAGCCAUGACUGGUAUCCCACAGUGCACAUAGCUGAACUCUGGAAUUUGCUCUUACAAGAAGUAGCAAUGGCUACUUGGAUGACUUAUUAUUAUUAUUAUCAACAACAACAAUAAUAAAUUUAUUAUUUAUACCCCGCCCAUCUGGCUGGGUUUCCCCAGGCACUCUGGGCAGCUCCCAGCAGAAUAUUAUUAUUAAUAAUAAUAAAGCGAUAAAACAUCAAACAUUAAAAACUUCCCUUUAGAUGUCUUCUAAAAGUCAGAUAGUUGUUUAUUUCCUUGACAUCUGAUGGGAGGGUGUUUCACAGGGAGGGUGCCACUACCGAGAAGGCCCUUUGCCUGAUUCCCUUUAACCUCACUUCUUGCAGUGAGGGAACUGCCAGAAGGCCCUCGGAGCUGGACCUCCAAGGUCCAGAUGAGACACAUUCAGGGACAGAAUAAGGCUGUGUCCUGCCUCCACUACCGGAGAGAUAGUAUGCUUCUGAAUGCUAGUUGCUGGAGAUUGCAGAUGGGGAAAGUGCUCAGCUCCUUCCUGCAGGAUCUGGUUGGCCACUGUGAGAACAGGACACUUGACAAGAUGGGCCUUUGGCCGGACCCCACAGGACUCCGAGGUUCUCACAGGUGACAUGAAAGUCAUGGGAGAUUAGACCAGCCUCUUCACCAAGCUGGAGCUCUCCAGAUGUUUUGUACUGUAAUACUGGCUGGGGCUGAUGCAGCUGUCAUCUGUAGGGUGCACUAGGUUGGCGAAGGCUGGUGGAGAUUGUAAUGGGCAGAUGACUUAAAGUCACACUACAGUGGUACCUCAGGUUAAGAACUUAAUUCAUUCUGGAGGUCUGUUCUUAACCUGAAACUGGUCUUAACCUGAGGUACCACUUUAGCUAAUGGGGCCUCCUGCUGCCGCCGUGCCUCUGGCGUGCAGUUUCUGUUCUCAUCCUGAGGUAAAGUUCUUAACCUGAGGUACUAUUUCUGGGUUAGCGGAGUCUGUAACCUGAAGCGUCUGUAACCUGAAGCGUCUGUAACCCGAGGUAGCACUGUAGUCCAAUUGUAGUUGCGGGUACCUGAAAUGCAAGUCAAGCCCACAGGGUCCCCAGAUGGACCCUAUCCACCACUCUUGGGUCAUGCUGUGUGGAAUGUGGUUUGUGUGAGCAUCAUGGCGGAGCAGUUGUGUAGUGUAUAAUAGUCAGGAGAAGCACAUCAGGAGUUAUUCACACCAACGGAAUAAUAACAAGUGGCUGGGGAAACACGUUUGAUUUCUUUGUGGAAAGGCCCUAUGCAUCUUUUGAAAUUACAUGGGAAAUUGGAAUUAAUUUUGUAAACCAGCUAGGUGAUGUUGCAAGCCUCCGUUCUUCUCACAGCAUCCCAGAGCAAUAUACGUCUGUAACGCAAGGUACCAAGUGUCUUUCCCAUCCUUUCUAGGUUUGAUACUUCUAUCAUUCUUGCUGCCUUGAUUGCAACUGUACUCAACACUACCCUUAAAUCAGGUAAGUCUGUGUGUUUCUCCCUUGCAAGGUUAUGCAGCAGGUGAGAUGAAAACACUUCUCCAUUUCCAAUAUGGUUUCAUGUCUCUUGUGACCAUUGGUGCAUCAAGGAACAGAUAAGGCAAAACUUGAGGGUCCUUUGUGAAACUUCCAUGGCCUUGGCUGGGUUGUAAUGCUGGCUCGUGGUAAUGUUAAACCAUGGAUUACCCUGAUAGAAACAAGCCUAGUCUCCCUCCAUGCUCACAAACUCAUUCUUCUCCAGCGCAGCUGCAAGGAGGAGAUGCAGAGCUUCUGCUUCUUUUUUUAUAUGGGUUGCAGGUUAGCAUCAACCACAGUGGUGUGGAGAUAUUCCUAACCAUGGUUUGUUAAAACAAGCUAGCAUGACAAAACACAGCUGGAAGAGAAAGCUCCCAAACUUAAGGACACAGAGUAAAUGAGCCUUAAGUUCACUGAAGCUCCUUGUUCUCAAGAUAAGCCCAGCUUUCCCCCAUCAGAAUGACCUAUGGCUUAUGAUGUCCAAGUAUGAGGAUAACGUUAGUUUUCUUGUGUGCUUUUCCUCAUCCCCUCUUCUUUUUUUCCAGUGACCGUAUACAACAGCCAGCAAGUAUUGGACAUUGUUUUUAUCCUGAGAGUUCUUCGACUCAUAAGAAUCAUAGACAGUAUACAACGGUAAAAUAACCGGGUUUUAAGAGCUUUUAAAAGCUGUAAGAGCUAUAAAGUCAUGUUCUCUAGUGAGUUAAGUUGUUGGGUAUUAGUUUGCAGAGUAUGCUGACUGUGGUUUGUGAAUCUGCUUAGACAAUAGACGUAACCUGUUGCAACCAUACACAGGCUGCAUCUACAGAUACAAAAAUAAUGCUUUCUUUUAAAAAAAGUUUAAAAAUAUAUAUGGUGUUUGCCAUUAGCUCAGCAGCGCCAUCUAGUGUCACAUUUAUAUAAUGCACUUAAAACGUUAUAUCUGCAGCUGUAUAGCUGAGUCCACAGAUAAGUAGGUGCUUGUAAAGUAAAAAACAACAACAAUGUACUAACAAGUAUAUAACUUGGAUAGAAAAAUUUCUAGUUCCAAGCUAGCUAAGCUAGAGAAGACAAAGGCAGCCUUUUUCCUUUGUUCUCAAAGGAUAGAUUGAAUGUGACAGCUCAUAUUUAGAUCCCAAGAGAGAAGGGAGAGGGGAGGAAGUUGUAAACAGGAUGCAAAUUAAGAUGCAUCAGUCUAAACUUUAAAGGAUAGGGAGAUCAGCACAGAGGCCAAAGGUACAAAGACAGUCUCAGAAUCUGGAGCUCCCUGGCUCUGUUUUAUGCCUAUGCAGACCCCUUUCUGCAAUGUCUCCUUUUUUGGUAUUUAAUUAACCAGUGACACCUGAAAGGCCCAUCCCAUCCAAACUCAGUUUUCAUACACUGUUUUCUUCUAGGUUCCGGGUCAUCAUGACUACGCUAAUAAACAUUGUACCUACCAUGCUGACCUUUGGUGGACUGGCUUUGGUGAGCAUCACCUUUUUAAAAUUCCUCCUCAUCCUCCUCGUUUUCAUAAAUCUGCAGGGGCUUUGGGCUAGUUUGCACACAAGACAGGAUUCAACCAAGCUGCUGUGUGUGUGUGUGUGUGUGUGUGUGUGUGUGUGGAAUGAGGUACGUUUGUGCAGUGGGACUGUCCUCCCCGCUUCCCAAACUCAAAGCUUGUACAGCCUCAGUCAUAUCUAGAAAUCACUCUCAACAGCAUUAUACAUUUGCAGAUGAUUCCUAGGAGCAGGAUGAUUUUCCAAAUAAAAAGGUAAAGGGACCCCUGACCAUUAGGUCCAGUCAUGGCCGACUCUGGGGUUGCAUCGCUCAUCUUGCUUUAUUGGCCAAGGGAGCCGGCAUACAGCUUCCGGGUCAUGUGGCCAGCAUGACUAAGCCACUUCUGGCGAACCAGAGCAGCGCACGGAAACGCCAUUUACCUUCCCGCCAGAGCGGUACCUAUUUAUCUACUUGCACUUGACGUGCUUUCGAACUGCUAGGUUGGCAGGAGCAGGGACCGAGGAACGGAAGCUCACCCCGUCGCGGGGAUUCGAACUGCCGACCUUCUGAUUGGCAAGUCCUAGAGAAGUGUCCAAAUAACCUUGUUUGAUCAGUAUAUCUACUAAUUCCUGGCCCACUUGUGGCACGUUUAACAGGAGACUUUCAGACAGGGCUGGUCCACCCAUGAGACAAGGUGACCACCUCGGGAGACCAGAUCCACUGGGGCAAUAUUGACAGCCCCCAGCUCACUGUGCUGCCUCUGCUGUGGCCUCUUGGCAAAUAAGAGGCGCUACAGGUCCCGUUCCUAGGGAGGAAAUGGCAGGGGCUUCUGGGUUCUGCAUCCACCAAGCAUGAUUGAAUGGGCCCCUUUCCCCACCCCCCUCCACCGGCCCGACAGCCUUUGAUUCCAGCUUCAACCAGGUGUUAACGUUGAUUUGAUUUCCCUUCCCUUGUUCCCAAUGUAAAUCUUCACUCCCCCUGUGUUCACUGACAAGUAGAUACCCUCAUUUUCCCCAUUAGGUGGUGUAUUACGUGUUUUCCAUCAUCGGAAUGGAAAUCUUCCAUGGGAGGGUCCAGUUCUUCGGUGGAAACAGCACUGUGCAACAUGCCCUCUACUGCGGAAACCCCGCUCUGAAAGACACCACCUUUGCUCGGGCCAAAUAUUGCAAGAAUAACUUCAAUGACAUUGCGUCGUCUUUCGUCGUCCUAAUGGAAUUAACUGUCGUCAACCAAUGGCAUGAUAUCCUUUGUAAAGUAGCAUGGUUUUUUAAAAAAAUGCUUUGGAAGGGAGUACAAAGCCGCCAAGGACUUCCUAUCCUUUGGCAAAGCUGCACACUAUAAUAACAACAACAACAACAGCAACAAAACAACAACAACAAUAAUAAUUUUAUUAUUUCUACCCUGCCCAUCUGGCUAGGUUUCCCCAGCCACUCUGGGCGGCUUCCAACAAAAGGUUAAAAAUACAUUAAAACAUCAGUCAUUAAAAACUUCCCUAAACAGGGCUGCCUUCAGAUGUCUUCUAAAUGUCAGAUAGUUGUUUAUUUCUUAGACAUCUAAUGGGAGGGCAUUCCACAGAUCUCAGUGUGCCAUGAGCAGAAUAGGCCAGCCCUACUGUUGGGUAACAGUGACCUGUCCCUAGUUCAAACUGGAACCAAUUGCUAGUCCAGGUGGCUCAGGCAUGCAGAAUAGCGAUUGGGGGGGAACCAUCCUGUCCUCCUCGGGUAGUGAAACAUUUUGGGCUAGCCCUGAUUACAGAGAGUCAUUUCCAGAACAAAUGCAUAUAUGCAAAAGUCGGUGUUAAAUCUCCUUGAAAGCAAUAGGAGUAAAAAUAUUCUCCUAUAAUAGUGUUGUUGUUUUUUUAAGGUUUGUAGUCUGUGCUGUGCAAGAGGCUUUCUCUAAUGCCCCAGGACUACUUCUUUCCAUUCACACUCAAAAUCUGAUCCAGUGGAUCCCCCCAGACCUCUGGAGCUGAUUUUGGGGGCUGUAGCGGAGAGCAAAUGCAGGGGAGAGCUUUAUUGUACCAGCAGAAGCCCCUCUUCCCAAGUGCAACAGCAGCAAUUGGAUACAACCCUAAAUGUUAAUUACCAUUUGGGAAGGUUCAGUGAUCAAUGGCAAACUUCUAACAAUUAUUUCUGCAGCUUCUCUUAUGUCACGGACAUAAUGGUCCUAGCACUUGUACCUGGUCAGGCUACACACAUCUUUGGGUAAUCAGAAGUUUACUUUCUAGAACACAUUUUUUGUUUCUCUGUCCAAAAAAUGGGGGUGUCAGCUAGAUACAUUUAUGCAUGUGUUUCCAAAUUCCUUCCCCCUUUUUUUUUUGCAAGGAGAGGAGCUAUUCUGUUUCUAUGAAGCUGCUUUUUAAAUUGUGAGGCAGGCCUUCUGCAGAAGCCUACGAUAUAGCAUAGAGGAAUGCUUUUGCAGAAAGAUUUCUGAAAGGGGGGAGAAUAAUGAGAGGCACUGGUAUAAACAGACAUGGUGGGCACUUUAGAUCCAUGCCAUCAGUGAAUGUUGCUAGCGAAUGCAGGUAAAGGUAAAGGGACCCCUGACCAUUAGGUCCAGUUGUUGCCGACUCUGGGGUUGCGGCGCUCAUCUCGCUUUAUUGGCCAAAGGAGCCGGCGUACAGCUUCCGGGUCAUGUGGCCAGCACACGGCGAACCAGAGCAGCACACUGAAACGUUGUUUACCUUCCUGCUGGAGCGGUACCUAUUUAUCUACUUGCAUUUUGAACUGCUAGGUUGGCAGGAGCAGGGACCGAGCAACGGGAGCUCACCCCGUCACAGGGAUUCGAACCGCUGACCUUCCGAUUGGCAAGCCCUAGGCUCAGUGGUUUAGACCACAGCGCCACCCGCGUCCCUUGAGAAUGCAGUUAGCCAAGUUCAAAUGGCUAAAAGCUUGAGGGAUGGGGUGAAUUAUGGAAUUUGCUCCCAUGAGAGAGGUAGAAAUGGCCACUGACCUGGAUGGCUUUAAAAGAGGAAUAGGGAAAAGCUGCGUUCUACCUCCACAGCUGGAGGCAGUAUGCCUCUGAAUGCUCGCUGCUGGGAAUCACAGGUGGGGAAAAGAACUUAGGUCCUGCUUCUAGGCUUCCCAUAGUCAUCUGACUGGGCCACUCUGAGAACAGGACACUGGGGAAGAAUGGCCAUUGGUCUGGUCCAGCAGGCUCUUCCUACAUUCCUAACUGGAGCCUAACUUGGCAGAUGGGUGGUUAGUAAGCAUACAUAUGGCAAACUUCCUUUUAUAGUCCUUAACUUUCUACUCCUCGCCAAUGGAUUUGCCCUUGUGACUCACGAGGCAGCAAAGCUGUACUUCAUCACCUUUCAUAUUGUCGUGGUCAUUAUGAUCAUUAAGUAAGUCCAGUGGGUUCCUGCGCCUUCUUCCUGGGGAUAGAGGUGGGGGCAUUGGGUUGUAUUCAACCAGAGUCCUGUUCCAAGUAGGACCAGUGAAGCAAAUGAACAUCAGUUAGUCCUAGCAAGAGUAGAACCACUGAUGCUGAUGGACAUGACAAGCGUGAUAUCAGACUCAUUCUGCUUAUAUUUAAUGUUCCAAAUGUGUGUGCGGUUGCAAGCAGAGUAACACUGAUGCUCUGAAAAUCCAGUGGGAUUAAGGUACGGCAUAAACAUCUGUCCUCUUCUGUUCUAGGUGAAGAAACUGGGUUUGUGUGUUCAUAGUGAUGGGCUGCUUUGGGGGGAAAGUGGGGUAUGAAUUUAAUAAAUAAAAUAAUUAAAAUAGGAAAAAAGUCUAUGGUGUGUUGAUGGUGCCAACUGCCACAUGGACGGAUGAGGUAGAGGGGGAGAAAGGAUUGUUUUUGAGGUGCAUUGUUUCCAUGUGUCAACUUUUGAUUUUUAGCAUCUUUAUAGCAUUUAUUCUGGAAGCUUUCUUUGUGGAGUAUUCCCUUGAAAAGAGCGAAGUGGAAACUGCCAUUGAGAAGAAAAUCCAAGAACUUGGUGUGGGCAUUCAGGAGUAAGUUAACCAAGGACAGAAUAACAUCUCCCUUCCGGUCCCAUAUACAUGGCCCAAUGAAUGAUGGCUGAGGGAUGCUUGAUUUGUAUGGACUUGAGCAGCUGCCACCUGCAAAAACGGAUGCUUCAGUUAUAACUUCUGUGGCCACUUGGCUGAAUGUAUUUACAAUGGAUCCACUUUCCCUUCAAUGGUGGUCCAGAUGUUGUACUACAACUCCCAUUGGCCUUUCUGGCAGAGGUUGAUGGGAGUAGUAGUCCACCAAAGUCUAGAAGGCACCCUCAGAUGUCCACUCAUGAACUGCAAUUCUUAAUAACUUUUGUAUCUAACUGCUGUCAUUGUUUGGUCAUGUAAACUGAUUCUUUAGUUUUAAGAAUUGGAACAACCUGUCAGCUUAUUAUAUAGAGAGAGAAUGAAUGAAUGAAUGAGUAGGGUAGGAGAGCUAAAAAAUGCCAAUAUAUUUCACAUCUGGCAACCCAUGUGCCCCUUUGGUUUUGUGCUUAGUUUGUUUCUACUACAUUAUGAAGUCUCAAUUUAUUUUAAAAAAUGAAACAAAAGAGGUGCAGGGCACCUGGCUGCUGUAGACCCCAGAUCUAUUUUAAACAUUUACCUGAGAAUAAGCCCCACUGAAUUCAUUAGGACUUUAUUGUUUAGCCCUGCUGAGGAUUGCAGCCUUCAAGAAGAAAAUUGCAUUUCCAGUAAAAAGCUAUGCACCUAACAGGAAAAGCAUGAUCUGCAGCCCUGUAUGGAAUGUAUUGAGAAGGCAGGUGCUUAUAGUUUUUGUGGUUUUUUUUUUUUUUUUUAAGGGAUGAACUACUAGAAGGUCAACUGAUAGACAACAUGGAAACCAGUGAAAAUGACCUUGGAGGUGAAGAGGGAGCAGCAACAAAGAAGAAACCGAAAGGACUGAUGUUUAAAGUUGCUUCCAAAAGUGAGUGUGCUGUCAAACUUUUUAAAGGGUUGCUGCUGAAUGUUUAGCAUGGAACUUGAGUGAAUGCCGCGGCGAGACUCCUUAUGGGGUCCUCACCGCGGGAUCACAUUCACCCGGUGCUAUACCAGCUGCACUGGCUCCUGGUGGAGUACAGGAUCAGGUUUAAGGUGCUGGUUUUAAUCUUUAAAGCCCUAUACGGCCUAGGACCCUCGUACCUACGGGACCGCCUCUCCUGGUAUGUCCCACGGAGGACUUUACAGUCUUCCAACGAAAACAUCUUGGAGGUCCCGGGCCACAGGGAGGUUAGGCUGGCCUCAGCCAGAGCCAGGGCUUUUUCGGCCGUGGCUCCAAUCUGGUGGAACACUCUGUCACAAGAGACAAGGGCCCUGUGGGACUUGACAUCUUUCCGCAGGGCCUGCAAGACAGAGCUGUUCCACCAGGCCUUUGGCCAAGGCACAGUCUGACCCCCUCCUUUGGUAAUCCUCACAGAACUCUAGCCCAAUGGUUGCCAUUAAUUUGAUUUUGAAUUGAUUUUAAAAUGAAUUGAUUUUAGAAUGCUGUGUUACUUUUAUUGUUGUUAGCCGCUCUGAGCCUGGCUUUGGCUGGGGAGGGCGGGAUAUAAAUAAAUUUUUAUUAUUAUUUUCCAAGACAUGAGUGUGUUAAUACGCUGAUAAAGAUGAAGUCCUAUUGACCCAAGGGUCAGACUAGGCUGCUGAGAGAGGUCAAAGUGGUAUCCGUUUUACAUGGUGUCAAGUGCAUUUGUACUGUGGUGCUCAAAGAAGCUUUGAGCUUCUCUGUCACUGGAAAUUAACAUUCUUCAGCUUUUUGUCCCCAGGAUACAGGACAGUUGAUGCUUUACUUCAACGCAUGUUUGAAGCAGAGAUACCUCCGGAAGAAGAAGGCCCUUCACUGGAGCAGAUCUUAAACCUUUCACCGGAUGACACUUACCUGAAGAACCCUACCUUCAACAGUGCCGUAUAACUGGAAGUUGUUUUUCAGGUGGCUCCCUAACUGAGCUACCACAUGCAGAUAAGAGGUACUGAUGCUCUGCUCUCUAAUCCCUUCCUCCAAUGAACAGAGCAUCCCACAGUGCUAUUUUUUUAAAGUGUAUAAAAUCAUGAAAAUUGCAGUAUUUUUUAUAAAGGGAAAAAAAGCACAUUGAAUGUGUCUAAAAUACUUGACUCUCUCCAAAGAUACUUAGCAUGCUAUCUAAAUACAUAGUACUAAAACCUGUAUGAAAUGUCUAAUAUUUACCUCUGUAACCUGUUUUGAUACAGUAAUGCUUUUCCUUGGGUGCAUUAUCAACCAUUGUGGGGUAAACCAAUAAAAAGGUUAUAAAGAGAAGACUGUUUCUAUCUCUCCUCUUUUUCCUGCCUAUUAUCCUGAUGAAUCUUUAAAGCAAGGAGAACGGAAACAAAUGGAUUUUGUCUUGUGGCCUGGUUUAAAAAUGCUACAUCUUUGCGCAAACUGAUACCUAACAGGUAAAGAGUGCUUAAAAGCGGCGAUCUCUGGGCCGUGUUUGGCAAAGUUAAUUAUCGGAAGAUAUUAGCAGCCAAAAUUCAAAUGUCAGAGUUGACACCAGUUUGAAGGCUGGUUCAUAUGGGUGAGGCAGCUGCCUCUUAAGUCAUGCAGAAGCAGAGCAGGCACAACCACUACCACCCUGCAGCUGGCAACGUGUGACAUAAGUCUUAAAGGCAUGCUUUCCCCCUGUUUAUGGGGAAAAGAUUGCGCAGAAGCCAUAAAUAUGAGCCAGCAGUAUGAUGCAGCUGCUAAAAAAGCAAAUGCAAUCAUAGAUUGUAUUAAUAGAAGGAGUGUUCACAUCACACGAGAGGCAAUAGUUCCACUGUUCUGUACAGCUCAGGUUGGAGGGCCAUAGAUUCCUGUCUUGAAGGUUGGACUAAACGACCUUCAGGGUCCUUUUGAAUUCCAGGAUACGUCGCAUGAUGCAGAGGAACAGAUUGUACCCUCUGCUCCAACACAGAGUUCUUCAUGCCAACUGCAUUUACUAAUUGAGCCACACUCAUGCUCCUGCUGCUAAUUUAUUAAAGAACAUUUUGUUGUUGAUCUUAGUAUUUUUAGCAACAUGCUCCCGCUUGUUUCUUUUGCUAAAGUUUCUGUAUAUAUUUGGACGAGGCUUCUAUAUUUUGAAGGAUGCCUUCUUGCCUCCAAUAGCUUUGACUGUUUGUUAACUAAACCAGCAUCCUCUUGGCCUUGCUGCUCCCUUCCUGAUCUGUGGUAUACACCCUAGUUGAACUUCUAAUAUUGUGCUUUGCAACAACUCCCAACUUCCUUUCUAAAAAAUCCCCCUUAUUUGGGGGCAGUUUGUCUUUUGAAGACAAAUGAAACCAUGUUAGAUUUUCUUAGCACCGUGGUCACUGUUCCCAUGUGCUCAAACAACACAUUCUGCGAGAAUCGCACUGCCAGGGGCAGGGAACUUUAAAGCAUUAAGAUCGGAAUGUGGAAAAUAUGAGAACAACAAGAAGACGGCAGUAAUGAAAAUAUUGGAGAUAUACUUCAGAGGUCCAGACUAUGGGAAGCCCGAAAAAUUAAUUUGGAUUGUAAUUUGGCUGUUUUUUUCUUUUAAGUAUUUUUAAUUGGAUUAUGAUUUGAUAGAUUUGUUAAUUGGAUGUUCUUAUUGGAAAACUAAUAAAAAUGAUUUAUUUUUAAAAAUGGUUU